AUGAACCACCACGGCGGCCCGACGUCGUCCGACCACCAUUCACACCACGCGCAUCGCUCGCCGGCCGGCUCAGGCACCGUCACGCCUACUUCUCCCUCGCCUGUCUCGCCAUCCUUUCUGCCCAGCUCCUUCUACAGCGCCAUUGGCGGCCUGAUGCGCCGUCUCUCGUCUGAACCCGGCGGCCAGCUGCAGCCAGCUGCUUCGUCCUACCCUCCCUCAUUCUCCCACAGCCGCGACAUGGCCGAAGGCAGCCGCUCUCUCGAUCUCUCUUCGCCUGCAUCGGCCUCCCAUCACAGCCCUCGUUCACCUCUGGGCGCCUACCAGCCCUACUCGCCGCCUUUUGCCCGCACUGCCUCACCCUUGCGGCCGCCUCCGCUCGAACCGCUCAUUCUCUCCGGCUUUCACGACGACACUCCUCCGUCUGCCCGCCUUCUCUCGACCGCCAUCGCCGAGGAGAUCCGCAUCAUGGUGCCCGAGCGUCUGCGCAUCGAGGACGAGUGGAAACUCGUCUACAGCCUCGACCAGGACGGCGCCAGCCUUGCUACCCUCUACGAGAAGUGCUCUGUUCACACUGAACAUCGCAACGGCUUCGUGCUUGUCGUUCAAGAUCAGGACGGUGGCACUUUUGGCGCCUACCUGUCCGAAUACCCUCAUCCGGCGCCGCACUACUUUGGCACCGGCGAAUGCUUUCUCUGGCGCGCCUCGUUCGUCCCCUCUCUGCCGCCGCCAUCAUCAAUGCCCCUGCUCUACUCCGACGCCGGACAAGAGCCCCUCAUCCCAGGCCUCUCCGGCCCCUCUGCAUCGACCGUCCGCGCUGCCGUUCCCAGCUCUGCUGCCUCCCUCGCAUCCACACCCUCGCUGGUGUCCAUCUCUUCUAUCGCCUCCUCAGUCACAUCGGUCGCCCCUCCACACUCGCUCCGUCCAAUGUCAAGCCCCUCUAUCCGCUUCAGCGCUUAUCCCUACAGUGGCGUUAACGAAUACUUCUUGUACUGCGAGACCCACAGCCUCAGCAUUGGCGGCGGCGACGGCAAGUACGGGCUCUGGCUGGACGACGGCCUGGAGAAGGGCGUCAGCUCCACCUGUCUGACCUUUGGCAACCAGCCGCUGAGUGACGAAGGCGACAAGUUUGGCGUCCUCGGCGUCGAGGUCUGGGUUAUUGGAUCAAGGCAGUAG